AUGUCAUUUCUGUUCCGCUUCCAUGACCUUAUCGGGGGCAUCCACGUGCCCAUUGACGAUGGAGUGGACAAACUCAACCGGAAGUAUACUCUUGUAAUGUUCCUGUUCUUGGCGUUGCCCAUUUUUACCAAGCAGUAUAUUGGUGAUCCGAUCGAAUGCUUCACGCCGACGUACUUCACCGAUGCCCAAGCAAGAUUCGUCAACAGCUACUGCUGGACUGCGUCUACAUAUUACCUCGUAACGGAAUCAGACGAUGAAAAUCUCGAUCCUCCACGAGAACCACCCGAUCCCAGGGUGCAGCCAGAAGAGAUGGAUUACGCGGGAUUCGAAACACCACCCGCCGCAUCUGAGCGUCUAAGGCGCGUCUCUGUCAGCUACUAUCAAUGGGCACCGCUGAUCUUGCUCGUUCAAGGAGCCUGUUUCCAUCUGCCAUUCGUCCUGUGGGGUGCCUGUGCCCACAGUGCGGGCGUCAAACUCAGACGCCUGCUGAAAAGAGCCUCAGAUAUCGCCAGCCUGCCACCAGGUUGUCAGCAGAGGGAGGCCCUUUUGGCAGAAUUCGUCGACCAGUUCCACACUCUGGUCGCCGGCAAUGCAGGAUGCUGCACGGACCCGGCCUGCGGACUUCCCCUUGCGUGUCGUUGCAUCGGGGGGCCCGCCGGCUACCUGUGUCUGUUGUACCUGCUUGUCAAAUCGAUGUACGUUCUAAAUGUAGGUUUUCAAUUCCUGCUGUUAACCGCAUUCUUGGGACGAGGCUUCCUACGACACGGCUUCGAACUUGCACGACGUCUAGCGGCAGACGGGGACUGGUGGAACUCACCACGCUUCCCUCUGCAAACCCUCUGUCAGGUGCGCGCCGCUCUGCAAGGCGGUCUCCGGACCUACUUGUGCCGAUGCGUCUUACCGAUUAACGUUUUCAACGAAAAAAUCUUUUCUGUGGUAUGGUUUUAUCUGGCUCUUCUAUUACCAUUGAAUGUCGCCUCCCUUCUUCUCUGGCUCUGGAGGUGUUUCCGCUGCAACCGGUUCGCAUUUGUUCGCCUCUGUCUGUGGCGAACGCGAAUGGUAAGCUUAGGCGAGUUGUCCAGAGUGAGCCGAAAGAUUGCUGUCAAUUACCUCGGCUGGGACGGAGUGUUCGUGCUUCGUCUAAUUGAAAACAACCACGGGAGUGCUAUGGCCACUGUUAUCCUGUCGCGAUUGUACGACUUCUAUGCCAACCAGAUGAAGGCAAGAGACGACGGCAGCGAUGUCGAAUUGGGACCCAUGCCCAGUGUGGCGUCUCCGCGAGCCGCUCAGUCUCUACAAGCAUGCCAUCCCGGAGCCUGCCAUAUGGCUACCACUCAAUGUGGACACCAGUUCGGUACCAGGCGGCCCAACGGCUAUUGGGGCAAGUGCUCGUGA